AACGGUCGAAGUGUCAAUAGUUGAUUUGCAGUUAAACACAGGAGACGACAGACGACCACACGAAGCGAAGACUUGUCAAAUUCAUCAACCACUAUGGCUACAGCUAAUGGUAACAGUGCCAAGCCCUGUGUCAUCAUUUUAGGGGGCUGUGGUUUCAUUGGACGAAAUUUAGUGGCUCAUUUAAUUGAGAAUGAUUUGGUCUCCCAUGUGAGAAUUGUCGAUAAAGUUCCACCACAAACUGCAUGGCUCAAUUCUCACCAUAAGAAGAUAUUUGAAGAUGCACGUGUUGAGUUCCGCAGUGCCAACUUGAUAAUUCCGUCAUCUUGUCAAGCAGCAUUUGUCACUGAAGGAAUGAAUUGGGAUUAUGUGAUCAACUGUGCAUGUGAGAUGAAAUCUGGGCAGACAGAUCCAGUUUAUAAAGAAGGAAUCGUCAAGCUCUCUGUGAACUGUGCCACUGAAGCUGCAGCACACAAAGUAAAGAUGUUUGUAGAGCUGUCUACUGGCCAUAUGGCUUCAAAUGAUAAGGGAAUGCACAACGAAGAAGACAUUUCAGAUCCAUGGACAUCUGUCGCUCACUACAAAUUGAUUGCUGAGAAGGAGCUGGAGCAAAUUUGCGGUCUUAACUAUUGUGUUUUAAGACCUGCUAUUGUGUAUGGGAUAGGAGAUCGACAAGGAAUUGCACCCCGCCUUGUUAUUGGAGCUGUGUACAAACAUCUUGAUGAAGUAAUGAAGCUUCUGUGGACUGCUGACUUACACUUAAAUACAAUUCAUGUGAAGGAUUUAUGUCGUGCUAUUUGGAUGGUUGCCACAAGAGAUGACACAAAGGGAAAAACCUUUAAUGUUGUUGAUGAUGGAGAUACAACUCAAGGUUUAAUAAGUAAUUUGAUCUCUGAAAUCUUUGGUAUCAACCAUGACUAUUAUGGACAUGCUCUGUCUAUGAUGUGUAAGGUUGAUAUGGGCAGUGUUGUUGAGGAAGGUAAUGACAAGCACAUGGGUCCGUGGGCAGAAGCCUGUUCUGCAGGUGGGGUAGAAAACACCCCUUUAACUCCAUUUAUGGACCAAGAGCUGCUCUACAAUAAAAACUUGUAUCUGGAUGGCUCACGCUUGAAGAAAUUGGGAUUCACUUGUGAUGUUCCCUCACCGAACAUUCAAAAAUUGAUGGAGAUUGUCCUUGACUAUGCAGAUAUGAACUUGUUUCCUCGUUACCUAAUUUCUGCAUAAAUGCCACACCAAGUGUGCAGAGUGCUGGAUAAGUUUCCAGUAUCUGGUCACCUGUGUUGAGCUGAUAAUCAAAUUUGUUGUUACCACCAAUCUCUUUAUUUUACAUAUAUGUAUUUCCUUCCACAAGUCAGUGUGUUUGCAUUCCUUGUUUUGAUUAUAAUUUAAUGUUUAUACCUAGUUUUUUAAAAGAUCACGGUAACAUCUGUGAGCAGUAAUUUCUGUACUUGUACAAAUUUUCACCUUGAAAAAGAAUGCAAGAUUCCAAUAUUUUAUGCAUUUUUUACCUUUUAUUGUUGCACUUUUUUUUUAAAUGUCUCAUUUUCUUUUUACCUUUGUUAGAAAGAAACUUUUGUGAUAUGUACCAAUUGUACUUACAUGAUUUUUAUUAGGUAGGAUUCCCUAUGCUCUAAGGUAUAGCAACAUUAUUUUCUCCAAUUUUUGUUUUGUUUUUGAAAUUGAAGCUUGUGUACUACCAAUUUCAGACAUUGACCUAUUUUUAUUAGAAAAAAAAAACCCUUAAAGAGUCUGUUUUUCCUAAAGAUUGCCUUUUGUAAACUGAGACUUCAAAUUUUGGUUAUUAACUUUUCAUUCUGAUUGUGCACAUUUUCCAACAUUUUGGUGUUUGGGCCCAAUUUACGUAUUCAUUCCCCUUGAGACUGACCUUGCUAAUGUUAUACAUGCAAGUUCUUUUGCAGUACCCAUUUUAUUCUGUUUGUGUUGUCAUAUUUAUAGGAGACUGUUUGUUUUUCUAUAGAUUUCCUUGGUGUGUCUUCCUUCUCUUAUAUUAUUCUUGAUAAACUUUACAGUUGAAUAAUUGUUUGCCAUGUGGUAUGACCUGACAACUUUGCUAGUUGUCGGAGCACACCAUUUAAGGUUAUUCAUUAAUGGGAUUUUUAUGUCACACCUUCUUUGAUUCCAAGAUUAUAAUCUUUGAGCCAUUGAGACAAGGGGACAAGGGUUGGUUUUGAAAUGUUCAUCCUUUGUUUAAGUCAGUUUGUAGCCAUUAUUUUACAUUCCUGUUGUCUUGGCUUCUUCUUGAAGUCCAAGUCAUUUUUAAAUGAUUAACCCUCCAUUGCACUUUUGCACAGUUUUACAUUUAUUUGUUGGAAAGAUUUUUCUUUUGGUAGAAUUUUGUAUGUGAUAUGGGUGUGGUGUGAGUGAUAUAGACUGACAAGAUGCCAUGAUUUGACAACUUGAUUUUCAAUUUUUUUAACUGGCAUGAAAGCAGAAAGACCAUGUACUUUUUUUUCUUCUACAUUCUCAAUUUGUUUACUGUUAAAAGCUAGGCCACUCAUGUGUGAGAAAGGCAGAAGAGCAGGGGUCGGGAACUUACCUGGAACAGGCCGAAACGUAGGGCAUGUUCCGAGUGUUCCGUGCUUGUUCCAGCGGGAUUGGAACCACGGGCAAUUCUUUCGUGGAUUUGACAAAAAAAUCUGGAACAGGUUUCACUUUCCAGACCCCUGCAGAGGAGUUUAGCAGCCCUGCCUUAUUGAUUUGAUAUUCAAAUCAAUUCAUCUAAUAUUCCAUACUUAAGUCUUAACUUAAGUGGUACCUCAGGUGUUGUUCAGUUGUAUUUUGUUGGCUUUGUAGACUUUCAUAGAAAGGGACGAUUCCAUCCUACAAAAGUCUAGUGUUGCAUACAUGUUUUAUGUAUCUGCACAUGAAGUGUCCUUUCAGUUGUGUUAACUGUAGAUGUGCCAAAAUUUGUUUCGUAGCAAAUUAGCUGGUCUAAUUUAUGUUGAGUCUUCUUCAUUCAUUGUGAUGCAUUUAACCUCGGUUCUUGGUUUGCUCUCGGUUGAUAGAGACCUUCCAUGAUUGUUUCGCAUUUACCAAAUUCUUGAAUUCUUGUCAUUUUUGCGGGGAGUUGAUGUUUGACUAGUCAAUGACAGUAAGUUACUCAUUAUUCUACCGUAUUGAGUAAUGUCAGGGGCAUUUGUGUGAUUUGCUUCAUUGUCACCUGUUGAUUGGAGAUGUUAGUUGUUGACUAAUCAUGUGAUGAUUUUUUUCUCAAUCCGAAGUGAUUGAUAAUUAUUGUUAGUUCCUAGCCUUGAACCAAAUAAGAAGUAUUAGAAAACCAUUUUUCAUAUAAGGAACUCAGUGAGCCUAUAGAAAAAUGUGUGUUUGUGUGUGUCUGUGUGUUCUGUCCUGCCCAUGUUAAACAGACUAGCCAUAAAUAAAUGUUAACCAGAA